AUGAGUGAAAUUAAUGUAAAUUAUAUAGAUGAAAUGAAAUAUGAAGAAAAUAAAAAUAAUAAUAAUAAUAAUAAUAAUGAUGAUGAUAUAAUUUUUCAAGACACACCUAUAGAAGAGGAAGAGAAAUUUGUAAUAUUUCCAGAAAAAGAAAAUAAUCAAAAUAUUGAUGAUAAUAAUGAUGACGAUAAAAGUACACACUAUUCUUCUAUAGACAAAAGUGUACAUAUUAUAAAUAAUAGUAUAUGUAACAUAAAAAGUAAUUUAAAAUAUAUAAAAACUAUUAUAAAUAUAAAUGAAGCGACACAAUCAGAUUAUACUUUAGAAGAUGAAGAUAUAAAUUCAUAUAAAACUUCAAGUGAUACAAGUAGUUUUGUCAAGACAUAUGAUAAUAUAAAUGAAGAGGAAUAUACUAGAAAAAAUAGUAAUGGAAAUAAUUUUGAAUUAUUAUUAAACAACGUUAUAAAUAGUAAAAAAGAAGAAAAACAAUUAGAUACCUUAGAUAUAAUUGAUGAGUGUAUAUCUAUAGGAAAUCUAUAUAAUCGUAAAGACAAAAAGGAUAAUCAAAUAAAUGAAGAAAACAAAAAUAAUAAAAUUCACGAAAAUCUUAUACAUAAUAAUGACAAAAAUAAUAUUAUUCUUAAUCAAAAUAUGGUAUCAGAUGAUGUAUUAAAUAUAUCUAUAGAACAAAAAAAUAAAAAAAAUUAUGAUACACCCAAAAUUAAUAAUAUAAAUAAUGAUAAUAAUAAUAUCAAUUCUCAACAAUUAGAAAAUACAUCAUCAAAUACAUCAUCAAAUACAUCAUCAAAUAUAUCAUCAAAUAUAUCAUCAAAUAUAUCAUCAAAUAAUAAACAAAAGGAAACAACCAAAUUUUCACUCUUCACAAAUUUAAACUUAAUUAAGAACCCCAAUAUACAAGUUUAUGAUACCAAUAUAGAUGAGAAAAAUAAGGAUUCAAGAUGUGAAGCAAUUAAAACAUAUAGCCCACUAGAUAUUACAUUAUACAAAUUGAUAAACUUGUUACCAAAUGAAAAAAGAAAAAAACUAGACGACUACUUAAGAAUAUUUUUUAAAAACAAAGAAAGACUAACUAUACUAUUGAGAGAGAAGAAGAAUCUAUCGAAUUUUAUGAUAUACACAUUUUUUUUUUUAUCGUAUAUCUUUUUUGGAUUUGUCAUAAUUUUCUUGAAACGAAUUGUCUAUCACAUAUUUUAUGACCAAGACUUAUAA